CAUGUGAUUCUAAUUUCUGAAUUAAUUUGGUAAAAAAAAAAACAAAAAAUCGGCAGGUUUUCCAAUCCUUUAUUUGGUCCAAUUUUCUUCAAAAUCAAUACGAUAACGAAUUCUUACAUCGUUUGAUUUCAUGUCAAACCUCGAAGCAGAAGCUUAAAAUCAGCUGAGCUUGAUCCCUUAAUCAAAUCAAGUAUCGAUUGCAUCAAGGAGCGAUUGCGUGCCUGAUUUGGGCAAAUGUUGGGUUUUUUUUGAUUGUUUCAUGAGGAUCUGAGUGAUCUUAUUUGGAGAUUAUGCUUUGAUUACGUGGAUUUCAACGAGGAGUGAGACAGCUUAGUCCAGUACGAUGGCAUCAUCAGGUGUUGGGUUUAGGAAUACAUCAGUAGUUGUUCUUGUCUUGGAGUCCAGUGAAGUAUAUAUUAUUGUGAGCUUGUCCUCAAGAACUGAUACUCAAGUUAUUUAUGUUGAUCCUACGACUGGAGGACUUCGCUAUUAUGGAAAGCAUGGGGUUGACAUUUUCAAAACUGAGCGUGAAGCUGUAGAUUUUGUCACCAAUGGCUCAAAGUGGCUGUGUAGAAGUACAACAUAUGCCAAGGCCAUCUUAGGUUAUGCAGCUCUUGGGCAUUAUGGUUUGCUCCUUGUUGCUACGAAGCUGGCUGCCAGCAUUCCUGAAUUACCUGGAGGAGGUUGCGUUUAUACAGUGGUGGAAAGUCAGUGGAUUAAAAUUUCGUUGCAAAAUCCUCAAGCUCUAGGUAAAGGAGAAGCUAAGAACAUUCUUGAACUCACUGAGCUUGAUAUUGAUGGGAAGCAUUACUUUUGUGAGUCGAGGGAUAUGAGCCGACCUUUCCCUAGUCCAAUGCCUUUGAAUCAGCCUGAUGUCGAAUUUGUUUGGAAUGGAUGGCUUUCUUCCUCUUUCAAGAUCAUAGGGCUUCCUCAACAUUGUGUCAUUCUUUUACAGGGAUUUGCAGAAUGUCGAAGCUUUGGGAGCUUAGGCCAGCAUGAAGGUAUCAUUGCUCUCAUUGCUCGCCGUAGCAGGCUGCAUCCUGGCACUCGAUACUUGGCAAGGGGAAUAAAUUCUUGUUCUGGAACAGGAAAUGAAGUUGAAUGUGAACAGCUUGUGUGGGUACCCAAAAGAGCUGGCCAGAGUGUUCCUUUCAAUACUUACAUUUGGCGAAGGGGAUCUAUUCCUAUCUGGUGGGGUGCUGAACUAAAGAUCACAGCAGCAGAAGCCGAAAUUUAUGUUGCUGAACAUGAUCCUUAUAAGGGAAGUGCGGAAUACUACCAAAGAUUGAGCAAGCGAUAUGAUGCUAGAAACUUCAAUCUGGCCACCGGUGGAAGCCAGAAGAAAAAUCCUUUGGUCCCAAUUGUGUGCAUGAAUUUGCUAAGGAAUGCAGAGGGGAAGUCAGAAUCUAUAUUGGUUCAGCAUUUUGAGGAAUCUUUAAAUUUCAUUCGAUCCUCGGGGAAACUUCCUACCACUAGAAUUGUUUUAAUCAAUUAUGACUGGCAUGCUAGUGUUAAGUUGAAGGGUGAGCAACAAACAAUUGAAGGGCUUUGGAGACUCCUUAAAGGACCUACAAUAACAAUUGGCAUCACUGAAGGGGAUUACUUACCUUCACGUCAGCGUAUAGGCAAUUGCAGAGGCGAAGUAAUUUAUACCGAUGAAUUUGAGGGCGCAUUUUGCUUAAGAUCACGCCAAAAUGGAGUGUUACGGUUCAAUUGUGCAGAUUCUUUGGAUAGGACAAAUGCUGCUAGCUAUUUUGGGGCCCUGCAAGUAUUUGUGGAGCAAUGUAGAAGACUGGGUAUAUCUCUUGACAGUGAUUUAGCGUUUGGUUAUCAGUCGGUAGAUAACUACAGUGGAUAUAUUGCUCCUCUUCCACCUGGUUGGGAAAAGCGUUCUGAUGCAGUUACAGGGAAGACAUAUUUUAUUGAUCAUAAUACUAGGACUACGACAUGGAAUCAUCCAUGCCCAGAUAAACCUUGGAAGAGGUUUGAUAUGACAUUUGAAGAGUUUAAGAGGUCAACUAUUUUAUCACCUGUAGCUCAACUUGCUGAUUUAUUUUUAAUUGCUGGGGAUAUACAUGCUACUCUUUACACUGGUUCAAAAGCUAUGCAUAGCCAGAUACUUAACAUAUUUAAUGAGGAAGGUGGAAAGUUCAAGCAAUUAGCUGCCGCACAAAACAUGAAAAUCACUCUACAAAGAAGAUACAAAAACGCAAUUGUCGAUAGUUCUCGCCAGAAGCAGCUAGAGAUGUUUCUUGGGAUGCGGCUAUUCAAACAUCUUCCAUCAGUUGCACUUUCUCCCUUGCAUGUAUCUUCUCGACCACCUGCUUUCUUUCUCAAGCCCGUUCCAAGCAUCUUUCCAAACUCCAGUGAUGGUGUAGGUCUUCUGAGUGUAAAGAGGAAAGAUAUGGUCUGGGUUUGCCCCCAGGCUGCUGAUGUAGUUGAACUUUUCAUUUACCUAAGUGAGCCAUGCCAUGUUUGUCAGCUUUUGCUCACUGUCUCACAUGGUGCAGAUGAUAUGACUUAUCCUUCCACAGUUGAUGUGAGAACAGGUCGAGAUUUGGAUGAACUUAAACUUGUGUUGGAGGGUGCUUCAAUACCUCAAUGUGCAAAUGGGACAAAUAUUUUAAUUCCUUUGCAUGGUUCUGUUAGUUCGGAAGAUUUGGCUGUGACUGGAGCUGGUGCGCGCCUUACUGGGGCAGAUGCUUCUACCUUGUCAUUGCUGUAUGAUUUUGAGGAAUUGGAGGGAGAAUUGGACUUUCUUACUCGUGUUGUUGCUCUUACUUUCUAUCCUGGUGCUUCUGGGAGAACUCCAUUAACUCUCGGUGAGGUAGAGGUGCUUGGAGUAUCAAUUCCUUGGAAUGAGGUUUUCAUUAAUAAAGGCCACGGAGCGAGAUUGCGCAAGCAGGCAAAAAAUUACCAGAAGCAAACAAAUAUCUUGGUACCUGUUCCUCGAGCUGAUGACCUAUCCAGUGAAAAAAAGCAACCGAAGACUGUACCUAAUUCCUCUUCCAGUGAUUGGUUGGAUCUUUUAACUGGAGAUGUGACUCAUUUGAAUCCGUUCGCCAACCCUGUCAAUGAGCAGCAUGAUGAUCUGGCUCUUUCGCAGUCUUCGUCUACAGAUAUGAAACCAUCUGAUAAUGCCACCAAGCAGUAUAUUAAUUUCUUAAAGUCCCUCACUGGUCCACAGAUGAGAAAGAAGCUAAAUUUCAUGGAAGCUAUGAAGUUGGAGAUUGAGCGUCUCCGCUUAAAUUUUUCUGCUGCCGAGCGUGAUAGGGCUCUACUGGCAGUUGGUACUGAUCCUGCUUCUAUAAAUCCUAAUUUGCUACUUGAUGAUCUAUACAUGGUGAGAUUAUGCAAAGUUGCAAAUAGUCUUGCAAUGGUUGGACAAGCAGCUCUUGAAGACAAAAUUACAGCAUCCAUUGGCCUUGAUACAAUUGAUGAUAACAUCAUAGAUUUCUGGAAUGUUCCUUGUUUUGGGGAGAGCUGUUCUGGUGGUUCGUGUGAGGUACGUGCUGAAAAUGGGGAAAUGGUUAAAGUAUCUGGUGCAAAGUCAUCAAUGGAUUCCUCGAAGUUGUUAUUGUGUUCUCAUUGCGGCAGAAAAGUUUGUAAAAUUUGUUGUGCUGGAAGAGGAGCAGUUUUGCUUGCAAAUUACAGUACAAAGGGUUCUUUGAAUUCCAAUGGUGUACAAAGCCGUAGUGGCUCAAGUCAUGGUGGUCAAGUUGACAUCUAUUCUAAUAAUAACUAUGUAUCAUCAGAUGGGGCCAUCUGUAAACAAUGCUGCAAUGAUGUUGUCUUGAAUGCACUAGUACUGGACUAUGUUAGGACGUUGUUGAGCUCACGAAGAUUAACUCGUGUUGAUGUUGCUGCUUCUGCUGCUUUAGACCAAGUCCUUGGAUUCACCUUGAACAAUGGAGAUGCUGAGAGGAGUAAACCUUCGGGUACCUCUAGUAAAAUUAUGGCAAAGUUACUUGAUGGUGAGGAAUCUUUAGCCGAAUUCCCAUUUUCCGGCUUAUUGUAUGCGGUUGAGAUUGCAGCAGGAGCAGCUCCCCCUUUGUCAUUACUUGCUCCUCUGGAUCCAGAUUCACAGCAUUCCUAUUGGAGAGCUCCUUCAAAUUGCAAUUCUGUUGAAUUUCCCAUUGUUCUUGGCUCUCUGUCAGAUGUUAGCGGAGUAAUGCUACUCGUUAGUCCAUGCGGCUACUCAGAAGCAGAUGCUCCUACUGUGCAAAUAUGGGCCAGCAAUAAAAUAAGCAAAGAAGAAAGGUCAUGCGUGGGAAAAUGGGAAGUGCAAUCUUUCUUGCAAUCGUCACCUGAGUACUACGGACAAGAAAAGAUUGAUGCUGCUGGAUCUACUCCUCGGCACAUCAAGUUUUCCUUCAGAAAUCCGGUUAGGUGCCGCAUUAUAUGGAUAAUGCUACAUCUUCAACGCGUUGGCUCAACUUCUGUGAAUUUUGGACAUGAUUUCAAUCUUUUAUCACUGGAUGAAAAUCCUUUCUCUCAACCAACUAGGCGUGCAUCUUUUGGGAGCCUUGAUGAAAGGGAUCCAUGUCUUCAUGCCAAAAAAAUCAUUGUAUUUGGUACCCAGUUGAAAAAAGAUGUGGGGCUUUCAGAACCAGAAGGUGCUGAACAGUUGAAAUUGCAAAAUUGGCUGCAGAAGCCCCCUCAGCUUAAUAGAUUUAAGGUUCCAGUUGAGUUGGAAAGACUGAUUGAUAAUGAUCUUGUCUUAGAGCAAAAUUUAUCACCUGCUUCGCCGUUGUUAGCUGGUUUUCGUCUGGAUGCUUUUAGUGCUAUUAGACCUCGGGUCACUCAUUCACCAACUUCUGACGUGAAUGUCUGGGAUCCCUCAGCUAUACAACUCUUAGAAGAUAGGCAUAUCUCACCUGCUGUGCUAUAUAUUCAAGUUUCAAUACUGCAGGAAUAUCAAAACAUGGUAACUGUAGCGCAGUAUCGGCUGCCGGAGGCCAGAUCAGGAACUCCGUUGUAUUUUGAUUUUCCAAGACAACUGCAGACUAAUAGAAUCACAUUUAGACUUUUGGGCGAUAUUGCUGCAUUUAUCGAUGACCCAACAGAACAGGAUGAUGCGGAGUACAGAACUGUGCCCUUGGCUGCGGGUCUUUCUUUGGCAAACAAAGUUAAGUUAUACUACUAUGCUGAUCCAUAUGAACUUGGAAAAUGGGCUAGUCUUUCUGCUGUCUAAUAGCAGUUCAUCCAUACAACAAUCAACUUUUUCCCUCGUAGAGCGAUGGUGUCCAUAGGAUAUGAUUAUAACACUUGUGGCUUUGCAGCUAUUUUACCUUAUUCAUUUUGUAUUACUAUAACGUCUGUAUCAUUCUUGAUUUGAUUAAUUACAUAAGUUUGGCGAUCCUCGUGAUGUAUCGGGAGCUUAUGCAUUCGUUUCAUACGCAUAAUAAUUAGCCUACUUAACUCGAUUUUAACUUUAUCAGCUGAAAUCAGAGCUCAAUCUGUUUUGGAGUAUUGAGCCUGAUAUAUUAUUGAGCUUAGCUUGGCUAUUGUUCC